CAGCAGCAGCAGCAGUAGCAUGGCACUAUCUGCCUGGAGGCAUUUGGGACUCGCAACCCUCCUGCAACUCCUUUUCAUUUCCUGCCUGCCAAGAGAGUACACUGUGAUCAAUGAAAACUGUCCAGGUGCUGAAUGGAAUAUCAUGUGUCGGGAGUGUUGUGAAUAUGAUCAGAUCAAAUGUGUGUGUCCUGGACAGAAAGAAGUAGUGGGAUACACUAUUCCUUGUUGUAGGAAUGAGGACAAUGAAUGUGACUCCUGCCUAAUUCACCCUGGAUGCAUGAUUUUCGAGAAUUGUAAGACCUGUCGCAAUGGGUCUUGGGGAGGAUCACUAGACAACUUCUACAUCAAAGGCAUUUAUUGUGCAGAAUGCCGAGCUGGGUGGUAUGGAGGCGAUUGCAUGAGGUGUGGACAGAUUCUUCAAGCUUCCAAGGGUCAGAUUUUAUUGGAGAGCUAUCCACUGAAUGCCCAGUGCGAGUGGAUUAUACAUGCCAAACCUGGAUUUGUGGUUGAAUUAAGGUUUGCCAUGCUGAGUGUAGAGUUUGACUACAUGUGUCAGUACGAUUAUGUGGAAGUCCGUGAUGGGGACAGUGUUGACAGCAAGUUAAUUAAACGCUUCUGUGGCAAUGACAGGCCUCUCCCAAUACGAAGCACUGGCUCCUCCCUUCAUGUCCUUUUUCAUUCAGAUGGUUCCAAAAAUUUUGAUGGAUUUCAUGCAGUUUUUGAAGAAAUUACAGGUUGUUCUUCAUCUCCAUGUCUACAUGAUGGAACCUGCCUCGUUGAUAAAAUUGGUGAUUACAAAUGUGCCUGCUUGGCUGGCUAUACUGGAAAUCGCUGUGAAAGCUUGGUGAUGUGUAGGACUCCAGGUAAUCCUGCUCAUGGUUUUGUGGAAGGAGAUGACUUUAAAUACGGGUCCCAGGUUUCCUUCAAAUGCAACGCAGGUUACACCUUAAAAGGCAGCCAAGUUGCUUACUGUCAGUUAAACGGGAGCUGGUCUGCACACCAUCCUGGAUGUGUUAUGGAAGAGAGAAAUUGUUCUGAUCCUGGUGCUCCACUCAAUGGGUACAGGAAACUGAUGGAUGAUACUGCUCUAAUUAAUGGUCAUUAUACAAAAAUUGGAACUGUAAUUACAUUCUUUUGCAAUAACACCUAUACUCUCAGCGGUAAUGAAAAGAGGACCUGCAAACCCAACGGCGAGUGGUCAGGGAAACAACCAAUCUGUAUAAAAGCUUGCAGAGAACCCAAGAUUUCUGAUCUGGUGAGACAGAAGGUACUCCCUAUACAAGUACAGUCAAGGGAGACUCCCUUGCAUCAACUCUAUUCGUCUGCAUUUAACAAACAGAAGUUGGAGGCAUAUCCAACCAAGAAACCUUCACUACCAUUUGGAGAAUUGCCUCUAGGCUUCCAUCAUCUUCAUACGCAGCUGCAGUAUGACUGUAUUUCUCAUUUUUACCUUCGUUUGGGAAGCAGCCGAAGAACCUGUCUGAAAACAGGAAAAUGGAGUGGGAGAGCCCCUUCGUGCAUUCCAAUCUGCGGAAAGACAGAAAACACUAUACUUCACAAAUCAUCCAUAACCAGAUGGCCAUGGCAAGCAGCCAUCUAUCGGAGACCUAAUGGGGUGAAGUUUCCCAAUCACAGAAAAGGGACUUGGAUACUGAUUUGCAGCGGAGCUUUGUUGAAUGAACGCACAGUUGUUGUGGCUGCACACUGUGUCACCAAUCUGGGGAAGGUCACUGUGCUCAAAACAGCAGACAUCAGAGUUGUUCUUGGCAAGUUCUACAGAGAUGAGGAUAGAGAUGAGAAGAUCAUACAGAAUCUACGGAUUUCAGCCAUCAUAGUUCACCCAAAUUACGACCCUAUAUUGCUCGAUUCUGAUAUAGCUAUCAUUAAGCUCCUGGACAAAGCCAGAAUCAGCAGCCAUGUCCAACCCAUCUGCCUAGCAUCUGCACGUGAUAUCGAUCCUCCUACAGAUGAUUUGCAAAUAGUCAUUACCGGUUGGAAGAUCCUGACUGAUGUUACAGACCCAAACUACAAGAAUGAUACAAUUCGUAGCGGGUCUGUCCAGAUGGUGGACUCCCUUCUGUGUGAGCAACAAUACGAGGAACAUGGAAUCCAAAUCAGUGUCACUGACAGUAUGUUUUGUGCCAAGCAGCAUCCCACAGCAGCUUCUAACAUCUGUCCUUCUGAGACUGGAGGGAUUGCUGCAAUACCUUUGCCAGGAAAAUCUUCUUCUGAGUUAAUUUGGCAUCUCAUGGGUUUAGUGAGCUGGGGCUAUGACAAGACAUGCAGCCUAGAACUUUACUCUGGCUACACCCGAGCAAUUCCUUUCAAAGACUGGAUUGAGAAGAAUAUGAAAUGAAAUGUUUAGCUCAGAACUGUUUUCUGAAAAGAUAGCUGUAUUGAUUCCUCUUAUACUUCUUCAGGUUUUUCAUCCACUGAAGCUAGAGCAGGGCCCUCAGAAUAUUUCCAAGAGUCUUGCUAUUCAGUGAGGCUAGAUGAUUUUACUGGAAGUUCUGAAUAUUGAAAAAUAGAUUAUCAUGUCUCAGAUAUCCCCUUUCUUCUGGUGGGAACAAAGUGUGAUGGGCCAAAGUAACUGUAUGCCAUCUGUUUUAACACUUAUCUGAAUAAAAAGAUUGGAAGGUAUUUGCACAAGUCUGAGAAACAUGAGAGAAUGACAAGAGAUUAUUCCAAAGCUAGAUGAAUUUAUUAUGGGCUAUGUUAGUUUGUUUUGGUAUAUGUUAUAUUGUAUUUUUCCCUCCUAAAAUACUGUACACAUGCAAAUAAACAAAGGUUUUCUUAAAUCUGCAAAUGCAAAUUUGAACGUGGAUCCAUCUCAAUCUAUUUCCUAUCCACUGUAUUCAUUUGUUUUAAAAAAACUUGUUAGAACUAGAAAAUAUAGAAUAGUAAUACAUUUAUAACUGGCAUAAUUCAGCACUUUUCAUAUUUCCUAUG